GACGACAACCGCAAAUGAACGCCCGCUCGAGAGCUGCAUCGCUUUCUUGACCACGUGAAGGAGGAGGUCCUGGCUAGUGACAGCGCCGGGGUCAGGGUGGCAGCAGCAGCACAGAGUGUGGCACUUGUUCACUGGAGAUGUUGCGAGAGGGAGCUGUCGGGGUCUCCUCCCCUUCCACCAAAGCCUCUACCCGGCCCGUGCGCGUGUGGUGCGACGGAUGCUAUGAUAUGGUGCAUUAUGGGCACUCCAACCAGCUGCGGCAAGCUCGUGCGACGGGAGAUUAUUUGAUUGUAGGAGUCCACACAGAUGAGGAGAUCUCCAAGCAUAAAGGUCCUCCUGUCUUCACUCAAGAAGAGAGGUACAAAAUGGUGAAAGCCAUCAAGUGGGUGGAUGAGAUUGUACCAGGAGCUCCUUAUGUCACAACAUUGGAAACUCUGGAUAAAUACAACUGUGACUUCUGCGUACAUGGGAACGAUAUCACACUAACUGUGGAUGGCAAGGACACCUAUGAGGAAGUAAAGAAUGCUGGGAGAUACAGGGAAUGUAAGCGCACUCAGGGAGUGUCCACCACAGAUCUGGUUGGCCGUAUGCUGCUCAUGACCAAGGCUCACCACAGCAACAUUUAUGAAGACAUGGAUUAUCGGAAGCAUGCAGAUAACUUUGGAAAGUGUCCUAAAGGUCACAGCCCCUGGACCGGAGUUUCUCAGUUCCUACAGACAUCCCAGAAGAUCAUCCAGUUUGCAUCUGGCAAGGAACCACAACCGGGAGAUACCAUAAUCUACGUCGCUGGUGCUUUUGACCUCUUUCAUGUUGGUCAUGUGGAUUUCCUGGAGAAAGUGCACAAGAUAGCAAAGCGGCCUUAUAUAAUUGUGGGUCUGCACUUUGACCAGGAAGUGAAUCUAUACAAAGGCAAGAACUAUCCAAUCAUGAAUGUCCACGAGCGAACCCUCAGUGUUUUGGCCUGCAGGUAUGUUUCUGAAGUGGUGAUUGGAGCCCCCUACUCUGUCACUGCUGAUCUGCUGGAUCAUUUUAAGGUAGAUCUUGUGUGCCAUGGAAUGACUGAGGUGGUACCAGACAAAGAUGGAUCAGACCCAUAUGAGGAACCCAAAAGACGUGGUAUCUUCCGUCUGGUGGACAGUAGCAAUAAUCUCACGACAGAUCUGAUAGUGAAAAGAAUAAUUAAGAACAGGUUGGAGUUUGAAGCCCGGAAUCAGAAGAAGGAAGCAAAAGAACUGGCUGUGCUGGAGGCCAUGAAGAAAAGGGAGGAGGAAGUGGCCCAGCAGAAGGCAGGCCAGGAAGACCAUGAGAGCUAGCAUAGGGAAGAGUGUAGCGGAAUCCUUCCCUCCUGGAGCUGCAGUAUUUUUCUGGAGGAUAGGACACUGCUGCCAACCUUAGCAAGGCCUGUGGUCACAAUUUUCCUGGCUUCCAGUACCUCAGCUAUGUGUGUGGAAGAUCCAGGAUGCUGCUACCUAGUUAUCCCAGGCCCACUGCCAUGGGAAGAUUUUAACAUUGCCCUAUCAAUAGCAGGUUUUAAUUCCAGUGAAUGUUUGCAAUAUGAUUUUACCUUCUGGCAGUUUCUGAUUUAUUGGAGCUGGGGAAUGGGGGACAUCUCUGCUCAUCUUCUUCUGGAGUUUCUGCAUUUCAGAGCAUCUCUUUGAUUCUGUCUGCCAGAGACAAUUUUCUAAUCCUUAAAAACCAUCCUUUCUGGCCUAGCUCAUUGCCUCCAGCAUUAAUAAGAUCCCACAGCAAGUCAGCUGCAUAUCGGACUGGCCACUACAUUUCCUAGCUUGGGCACAAAGGGAAAAAGAGAACUGGUCCAUUGUUGCUUGCACUGCCUUGCAUUUGAUGCAUACAAAAUCUUUCCAGUCUGUAACAGUGGAUGGAGUGUCGUGAGUCCCAGGUUUCCCCAGUAGUAGACAGUAUCCUCACUACUCUAUACUCAGACCUGUCUGUCUAGGUCCAUGGCUAAGGAAGAGACUGAUGGGGUUGCAAUUCUAAAUUCUAAAUAAACGAAAAUAUGGUGUAGAUGUUCUGUGGUUGGAGCUGCUUUCUAAAGCCCAGUACACUGCUUCACAACUGAGGUUUCCCUCUUAUUCACCCUGGUCCUGCAGUUCUUACAUACAGAGAGACUGAGACUUAAAACUUGAGCCCAGCAUACUGUAUAUUGUAUUUAAAAUGCGUUGUACUGCUAAAGUUGAAUGCUUUUUGGUGAGGUCCAGAUGCAGAUUACUCCCUGAGAUUUCUUUUUCAUGCAUAGUGGGAAACGUAUGAGGGCCACAUAUGACCGUGGGGCUCUUACCUGCCCAGGUGGGCUCUGAGUCUUUUCUAUCUCUCUUGUACAUUUUCAGCAGUGGAAAUUAAUAAAAUGUUGAUGACUUA